GUUGGUGGGUGCCUGGUCUCCCCUAAUCUGUCUAGCCUCCUGUGUCUGAUCAUUAAGACGAUACAACACCUCAGGACCCUCUCCCAGAGAUGUGGCCAUACACAGGGGUUAUAGUCACGUGAUCGCUAUGUCAGGGCCCCCCUUCCGUUCAGCCUUCUGUCCGUGCAGCUAUCAGUGACACAGCAAACAGCGCAAUUUCGUCCUCCAGUAAAAUGGUCGCUGCAGACUGGCAGCCGAAUCAACCAAUCAGGAGACGGAUGUCUUCAGGAGCUUUGUUCCCAAGUCUUGUACCCGGCUCCCGGGGCUCUGCCAGCAAAUACUUGGUGGAGUUUAGAGCCGGUAAGAUGACGCUGAAGGGCAGCACCGUGACGCCAGACAAGAGAAAAGGACUUGUCUACAUCCAGCAAACUGAUGACUCCCUGAUCCAUUUCUGCUGGAAGGACCGGACAUCGGGGAAUGUGGAGGAUGAUCUGAUUAUAUUUCCCGACGAUUGCGAGUUUAAGAGGGUGGCGCAGUGUACGACUGGCCGCGUCUAUGUGCUGAAGUUCAAAGCCGGCUCAAAGAGACUGUUCUUCUGGAUGCAGGAACCCAAGACUGACAAGGAUGAAGAAUACUGCCGCAAGGUGAACGAGUAUCUCAACAACCCUCCUAUGCCAGGAGCCUUAGGCGGCAGCAGCAGCGGGGGUCACGAGUUGUCCGCUCUGGGAGGAGAAGGCGGCCUGCAAAGCCUCCUGGGAAACAUGAGCCACAACCAACUGAUGCAGCUUAUUGGACCAACUGGGCUGGGGGGACUUGGUGGCCUUGGUGCUCUGACUGGUCCAGGACUGGCUAGUUUGCUCGGCAGUGGAGGACCCACAACAAGCAGCUCAUCCUCCAGCUCCCGCAGCCAGUCAGCAGCUGUAACUCCAUCCUCCACCUCGUCUUCCACACGAACAACAACCACCACCACCCCAGCUGCUCCGGCGACAGUAGUGCCUGCUGCAACCCCCAGCCCUGCCGUGAGCUCUGGCAAUGGAGCCAGCACUGCCACGAGCCCCACAAGGCCCAUCCAGCUAAGCGACUUGCAGAAUAUUCUGGCGACUAUGAAUGUGCCAGCCAAUGCAGAAGGUGGACAAGUGGAUCUGGCCAGCGUCCUCACACCUGAAAUCAUGGCUCCCAUUUUGGCCAAUGCUGAAGUUCAGGAGCGAUUAAUGCCGUACCUUCCGUCUGGAGAGUCUUUGCCGCAGACAGCAGAGGAAAUCCAGAACACGCUCACCUCUCCUCAGUUUCAGCAGGCUCUAAGUAUGUUCAGUGCAGCCCUGGCCUCCUGCCAGCUGGGGCCGCUAAUGAGUCAGUUUGGGUUGCCAGCAGAGGCGGUGGACGCGGCCAACAAAGGAGACAUUGAAGCAUUUGCCAAGGCGAUGCAGAACACAUCUCAGAAGGAGCGUGAGUCAAAGGAGAAGAAAGAGGAGGAGGAAGACAUGAGCUUAGAUUAAUGCCUGCAUGUUAUUUUUCAGCUCCGGGUUGGUCUCGAGUGUUUCGGGCUGGCUUUAUACCCCCACAUGUAUGUCCUUUCAGUGUUUAAUAAACCUUCCUCAGCUGCA